CAUUAAAAAAUAAUUAAUGUUGAUAAUAUGAACGUGAUUUGUUUAUAUGCAAAUUCUAGAAAUGGAAACACGUGAUUUGGAUCCCCGGCAAUAAUAAUUCCUUAGGAUCAAAGUUAAAUAGCUAAUUAAAAUUAGAAAUUAUGUUAAAUAAUUGUUUUAUUUAUAAAUAAAUAGUUACCUUUUAAUAUUUGUAUGUAUAAAUAUAUACUAUAUUACGUAUUAAUUUUUUUAUAAGAAAAAGUGUAAUAAUAUUUUAUUUAUGAGCUAUUUAUAUCAUUAGUUAUUUAAAACUGCUAACAAAUAAAUUAGAAAAAUAAGAAUUAUGUGUACUAACAUACCAGAUCAUCUAUUACUUGUUAUGAUUCGCACAUUAAUGGUAGACACUGACAAAGAUUUAAAAAAAGAAGUUUUAAAUCAUUUACUAAGGCAGACUAAUAUUGAAAGUCAAAUUAUUUUGGAUAAUAUGAAUGAAUUACUUGGAGGACUAUUUCAUACUUUGGAAUCCGAUAACUCUAACAGAGAAAUCGCUAGUAUGUGUUUAAUAAAUAUUGCAGCCAAAGAUAAAGGUCAUACAUACAUAUUUUCAUAUUUGCAGAAAAAUCAUGCUAAAAAUAAUUCUGAAAGUUUGGUUAUAAUUUCCAAAAUGAUAGAAUACAUAAACAAAGAAGCCUCCCAAGUUGCCAAUGCAAUUUUAAUGUUGCUUUGUAAUCUAACACGAGAAAAAAAUUAUGCAUAUAUUAUAUUUCAAAGUUUUGAUGAACCUUUUAAAACAUUGGAGUUAUUAAUGAAGCUGUUUAUAAUGAGAGAUUUGAAAGAAGAAAAAAAUUAUGAUUAUAUAUCAUAUCUAUUAUCUAAUUUAUGCCAACUUCAUGAUGUUAGAAUAUGGUUAAUGGAUAGUGGAAGUUUUCCAAAAUUAUUGUCAUUUUUAAAUCAUAAUAGCUCAAUUCGCCGAGCCGGUGUUAUAAUGACCAUAAAAAAUUGUUGUUUUGAAUUAGAUAGACACUUAUGGUUGUUAAGUGAAGACUUAGAUCUACUAUCGCGUCUUCUUCUACCAUUAGCUGGACCUGAACAGUUUGAUGACGAAGAUAAUGAAAAUCUACCUUUAGAUUUACAGUACUUACCUGAAGAUAAAGAACGGGAAUCUGAUCCUAAUUUAAGAUUAGCAAUACUCCAAGCUUUGACUCAGUUGUGUGCUAAAAAAGAUAGUAGAGAGAUAAUUAGAAAUCAAGGUACAUAUCUUAUUCUGCGAGAAUUACAUAAGUGGGAACCUAACAUGGAUUUGAAAUUAGCUUGUGAAAAUAUUGUUGACAUUUUAAUCAAGACUGAAGAUGAAAUAGGUACUGAUAAUUUCCAUGAAUUAAAUGUACCCGAAGAAUUAAUACCUAAGUUUAAACAAAUGGACGAAGCAUAUUUAAGUUGAAAUUAAUUGUUUAUUUUAAUGAAAAUUCAUUUUGUUGAAACAUUUAAAAUUUUGUUUUUAAUAAUAAAAUAAAAAUUUUAACAUUGUAAAUUUAUAAAUUAAUUAUAUUAAUUAUUAA